CAUUUUUAAAUCGAGCAGCUUACCCACCUACGGUUUGUCAAUUUUGACAACUCUAGUUUCUAAAUACAUAGUUAUCUAAUUCAUUCUUCACUAUGUAUUACAAAGAAAUAUGAGAACUAAAGGAUAUAUAACUAAGGAAUUUACCUGGCUGUUUCUUAUAUAAGUGUCAUAACUAUUUUAAGAUUACUUAAUACAUAAUGACAGACAAUGAAGAUCGUAAUACCAAAGUUGACAUCGAAUACUGUAAGGUAUGUGAUUAUAAAGGGCAUUGCUUAGAAUUGGCUGAAAAAAUAAAAACAAGCAUUCCCAAUGCUGCAGUUUCAUGUAAACAAGGCCGGAGAGGAUCUUUUGAGGUAAUCAUCAAUGACAAACUUGUUUAUUCAAAAUUACAAACAAUGGCCCUCCCAGAUUAUGAAGAAGUGGUUGAAGUUGUUGGAGAAGCUAGUUUAGGAGCUGAACCAAGAAGAAUAAAAGGUGAACAACCAAUAAACUGUGCAAUAUCAUAACAUUUUAUUCUGAUAACAAAAUAUGACAACAAUAUAAUGUUUAAUAUAACAUGUAUAGAAGUCUUAGUCUUAUUAAGUGAUCACUUAAAUGUUAUAAAAGAAACAUUGUAAAAUUAUUAAAAAUAUUCUCUUAGUUAUAAAAAUAUUUUGAAUAUUAAAACAGUUAUUCAAGAA